AAUUAUUGAGCAAAAUGAUUCAAUCAGAGAUUAAAAAAAUCUGACAGUUUGACGAAAAGGGUACAAUAGUCCGGUUUUUGAAGUUGGUUGAUAAAAUAAAAUGAUAGUCGGCCAUAAACCAUAGUUGGCAAUAAUGCACGGGGCCACCGGCAACCGGCUGCAGCGGUGCGUCACAGAACCCAUGCAGAAAAUUUCCAAUAUAAGAAUAGUACCGCAUGCACUCAUCUCUCUCACUCUCACUCUCACUCCUCAAUAAUCCCUCUCCUCCUCCUCCGCCGUUGUUGUUGUUCCCACCAUGCCGGGCCCCGGCGACCACUUCAACGUCCCCCUCAGCCGCGUUGCCAUCGGCAACCGCGACGAGUUCAGGCAGCCCGGCGCCCUCAAGGCUGCCGUGGCUGAGUUCAUCAGCACCCUCAUCUUCGUCUUCGCCGGCUCCGGCGCCGGCAUUGCCUACAACAACCUCACCCACGACGGCGCCGCCUCCCCCUCCGGCCUGAUCUCCGCCUCCAUCGCCCACGCCUUCGCCCUCUUCGUCGCCGUCGCCAUCAGCGCCAACAUCUCCGGCGGUCACGUCAACCCCGCCGUCACCUUCGGCCUCUUCAUCGGCGGCAACAUCACCCUCUUCCGCGGCAUCCUCUACAUCAUCGCCCAGCUCCUCGGCGCCACCGCCGCCUCCGCCCUCCUCAUCUUCACCACCGGCCUGGCCGUUCCGACAUUCGGGGUGGCGGGAAUCUCGGUGUGGUCGGCCUUGGUGUUCGAGAUCGUGGCGACCUUCGGGCUGGUGUAUACCGUGUACGCGACCGCCGUGGACCCGAAGAAGGGCGAGAUCGGAAUCAUCGCGCCCAUCGCGAUCGGUCUGAUCGUGGGAGCCAACAUCUUCGCGGCCGGGCCGUUCACGGGAGCCGCCAUGAACCCGGCCGUGGCGUUCGGGCCUGCUCUGGUGGGCUUCAGCUGGGCCAACCACUGGAUCUACUGGGCCGGGCCGUUGGUGGGGGCCGGGCUCGCCGGCAUCGUCUACGAGGUGUUCUUCAUCAGCCACACCCACGAGCCCUUGUCCGAGUUCUGAGCCUUCCAAUUUGUGUUGUUGCGUUUGCUUUGUGCAUCAAUUUGAGGAAGUUUAAUUUAGUUUGGUGUUUCGUAAUUUCUGGUUUGAACUUGGAGUUGGGUGGGUCCCACUAUCAAAUGUAUUUUUUCCUCAUUUAUUCGUCUCUUUCAACAACCCGCUUAAUUUAUUUUUAAUAA